ACCAAACCAACUGAAAACCCACAACCAACUUCAAUUUCACCCCUUUUCUUUCACAAAAUCUUUCUAACAAAAUCCCCGAUAAAAACCCAUAGACGAUGAGCGUGGAGGUUCUCGACGGAAAUACCAUCGUCAACUUUGUGGGCGAUGAGGAGGCAUUCACGGUCUCGGUUCACGAGCUAUUCGCCAACCUCGACAGCGAUCACGAUGGCCAGCUCUCGUACUCGGAGAUGCUUAAGGAGUUGCAGAGUUUGAGGGUUUUCGAGAUCCAUUUUGGCAUCGACGAGAGUAUGAGCCCCAGCGAGCUGACUAGAGAGUACGAGUCUCUGUUCACGAAGUUCGAUAAUGACUCAAAUGGGACGGUGGAUCUCGAGGAGUUCAAGGCCGAGACGAGGCAGAUGAUGUUGGCAAUGGCGAGCGCCGAGCGGGAUGGGGUUCUUGCCGGUUCAGAUGGUGCUGGAAGAGGACAGCCUAUUGAAGAAAGCCGUGGAGUGGGAGACUGCUAUGCUUCCUGUUUAAGAAUGUAACGGCCGGUCGCUUUUCAAAACUAAUCUUCUAGUUUGAUCCUCGUAGCUUCAGUUUGUUAAUUUCUGCAACAGUUUUUGCUUCUUUGGUUUUGGUGUAUUGACGAUUUGGGUUAAUAAAACAGAACACUACAUGUGAAUUUUCUUUGCUAUUGAUUUUUGGUAUGAUUUGGGUUUUGCCAGUUUUAAUAAAUUAAGCUUGCAGGGACACAGUUUUAUUGACCGAAAUUAAAUCCUUGGUAGAGUAAACAAUCCGUGACCUCUAUUGUUCAUUACUGACUCUAAUUCACGAGAGAGAUCGGCCUCUUUGACUAUGGUACUGUUGAUUGAUUAACUUUAUUUCAAUGGUCGAUCUUCCUACUGUAAACAUAAAUCAUAAUAGUAUGGAUUUUAGAAUUAGAUGAUUUCACGAAUCGAUAAUAGAUCAAGGAAACCUAUCUCGAUGCAUGAUGAGAGCGGCGGCGGUGACUUGAGUAGUAAUCACCGGAAUUGAGUUUAUCCCUCUUGACCAAUUUAGGUUUUAGGUUUAGAGAUUUUCGUGAUGGCUAAGAAAUUCUACGUAAUGGCUUGAGAGAGGACCAAUCCUAGAGCUUCUUUAAAUAGACCCACCAUCAGGGUAUAUUAGGAAUUUACCUUUCAUUAACCUAAUCAAUAUAGGAUUUACCUUAUAUAUUAAACCAUUUAGUGAUAAUUACACUUGGACCAUAAUUAUUCCCUUGUGACCUACGGGAAUGGGCUUACAUUCUCCCACUUGGCCUAUGUAUCAUUAUAUGGUCUAACAAUAAAGAUAAGUGUACACAUAAUAAGAUAAAUCCAUCGUAAUAUUUGGUUCACCAUAAAGUCACAAUCAAGUAUGAAAGCUAGAUUAGGAUCAUGGCGGUUGUAUAUCUAUUUAUCGACAUAGUCCCUUCCAUGUACUACAAAACCAGUCUCAUACUCAAUAUGACACAUAACAAGGUAGUCAUAAUGGUCCAACAAUAAUGUCUUCCCUAAAGACAAAAUCUUGUUCUGUUCACAUAAUGCAUAAUGUAUAUAUACCGAUCAUAAUAAAUAAAAUUAAAUUCAUAACUUUGUUCCAGAAACAAAAUAAAUGAGCUCAAAGUGUCAAUCCAUGAGACAUAAAAUAACUUUAGUCAUGAUGUCCUAUAAUCCCCAUCCUUUCGACAUGUUCAGUAAAUGUCUUAGGAAACAAUCCUUUUGUUAAUGGAUCAGCAAUCAUAAGCGGUGUGCUAAUAUGCUCGAUCAACACCCUUUGUUUCUGAACUUCUUCCUUAACGACAAAGUAUUUCACCACCAUAUGCUUAGCACACUUCGGAUACUUGUCAUUCUUAGAGAAGAAUACCGCUGCGGAAUUAUCACAAUAAAUUUUCAGCGGCUUGGUGAUAGCGUCGACGAUUUCAAGUCCAGAAAUAAAAUUCCGCAACCAUAAACCAUGAUUCGUAGCUUCAUAACAAGCUAUGAAUUCAGCUUCCAUAGUGGAUGUGGCAAUAACAUACUACUUCGCACUUCUCCAUGAAAUUGCGCCUCUGGCUAGAAGGAACAAAUAGAAAAAAGUAGACUUCCUGGUGUCUACACAUCCAGUAUAAUCUGAAUCUGAAUAUCCAAUCACCUCAAGGUGAUCAGAUCUCCUACAGGUGAGCAUGUGAUCUUUUAUUCCUUGCAAAUACCUUAGUAUUUUCUUUGCAGCUUUCCAAUGAUCUACUCCUAGAUUACUUUGAUACCUGCCCAACAUUCCGACAGCAAAACUGAUAUCUGGUCUUGUACAAGUUUGUGCAUAAUUCAAACUUCCAACAAUAGAUUCAUAAGGAAUGUGUUCCAUUUGCUUGCGUUCCAAUUCAUUCUUUGGACAUUGUUUGAGACUAAAUUUAUCUUCCAUCUGAAUUGGAACGACAUUUGCAGAGCAUUCAGCCAUGUUGUAUCUCUCUAGGAUCCGGUUAAUGUAUGAUUUCUGAGACAAUCCCAACAAUCCUUGUGAUCCAUCAAGAAAUAUUUCUAUCCCAAUCACAUAGGAUGACUCACCCAAAUCCUUCAUUUCAAAGUUCUUAGAGAGAAACUCCUUGGUUUGAUGUAAUAAACCAAGAUCAUUAGUAGCAAGCAAGAUAUCGCCAACAUACAGAACCAAAAUUAUAAACUUACUCUCAUUGAUCUUCAGAUAUAUACUCCUUCCGACUUUCCAGCACCGGGCAGGUGUCAGACUCUAUACGGUUUUUUCAGAGGCCGAGAUUCAGAGGGUGAUCAAAUUGAUAUACAUCGAUCGACAAUGUUUUCCUUAAAUCCAAAAGAUGUGAUGGUAUCAUUGAACUUAAUAUACCAUUGUCGGAAAGCUUGUUUAAGUCAGUUUAUUGACUUCUUUAAUUUAGACACCAUAUGUUCCUUUCCCUCAACCACAAAACCCUCAGGUUGAUCCAUAUAGACUGCUUCAUCUAAAUUCCCAUUAAGAAAUGAGGUUUUCACAUCCAUCUGAUGGAGCUCUAUAUUAUAAUGAGCUACCAUUGCCAUGACAAUCCUUAAGGAGUCUUUCUUAGAGAUGGGUGAAAAUGUCUCUUUAUAGUCAACACCACUUUUCUGAGUAAAACCUUUGGCAACAAGUCUGGCCCUGUGUCUUUCGAUAUUGCCAUUAAAUUCGUGUUUGGUCUUCAAGACCCAUCUAUUACCAACUCUUUUACAACCUUCAGGAAAAUCAACAAGGUCCCAAACUUCAUUUUUAUACAUAGAUUUCAUCUCUUCUUUCGCGGUAGCUAACCAUUUAUCAUAAUGCUCACUUUCCAUGGCUUGUGAAAAUGAAACUGGAUCAUGAUAAAGUCCUAAAUCAGAUUCUAACUCUUGAAGAUAAACCUCAUAAUCAUCAGAAAUUGCAAGUCUUCGAUUCUUGUAGACCUUCUUAAUGCGAUUUCUUGUGGUUCAUUUAUGUUAGGUUCAUUCUCAAUAGCAAUAUUAGGUGGUGCUUGAUCAUUCAUUUGUUGUUCUUGCAAAUCAUUAUCAUGCUCAACAUGUGCAGGAGCAACAACUUGAGAAGAGGUUAGAGGCAAAGAUAUUUACACUCUAACUUCUUGAAUUCCCACAUUGUGUGGCUCUAAGCUCCCACUACCUUCACCAUUCUCAAUGAACCUAGCAUUUCCAGAUUCAACAAUUCUCGUACUAUGGUUAGGGCAAUAAAAUCGAUACCCCUUAGAUUUUUCUGGAUAACCAAUGAAGAAACCACUGAUUGUUCGUGAGUCCAGUUUCUUUUCAUGUGGAUUAUAUAUUCUUACUUCCGCUGGGCAACCCCAAACAUGCAGGUGCCUUAAACUGGGUUUCCUUCCCGUCCACAGUUCAAAAGGUGUCUUAGGAACUGCUUUACUAGGAACCCUGUUUAACAAAUACACAAUGGUCUUUAAA